AUGAAUGACAUUUGACAGAAGAAAAAGAAAUGUCUCUACCUCCACGUCUCAAACAAUAAUAAAAUAAGUUAUAAUGUUUACUAGAAAUUAAAUAAAAGAAAACAAAACAAUGGGACUUUUAUUUUUCCUCAGCUAUGUGUCUUUUGUUUUACAAAUAUGUUUUGUAACAGUGGCAAUAGCUGCGGGGCUGUAUUAUCUAGCUGAACUAGUCGAAGAGUAUUCAGUGGUUGCUAAGAAGAUUAUAUCGGGCAUGAUUGCCGCAACUAGUCUUUUAUAUAUAUCGUUUAUAUUUUUCGAAAACCUUCCGUGGACAAUGUUAUUAUGCGGUCUUGGCGCCCAGCUAUUCCAUUUCUGUAUAAUGAAAAACUUCCCAUGUAUAAACUUUCUAUCGAUGUCAUUCUGCGGGGCUAUAAUAUUUUUGAUAAUUAACCACUUUUUAGCCUUUCAAUAUUUCACAACAAAUUUUUAUCCAUUCUCAGAGGUGUUAGCUUACUUUAUUCUUUGCCUAUGGUUGGUACCAUUCGCUUUAUUCGUCUCUCUUAGUGCUAAUGAUAACGUUUUGCCAACAGUUAAUUCUCACAUUUUGCAUAAUGAUAAUCCUGAUGUUGUUUCUAAUUACUUUGCGAGGAGGCAGAAAAAACAGGGUCUACUCUCACUGUUUUCAUCAGCGAAAGAACUUAUAGUAGGAGGACAAAAGAAGAAAUGAUAAUUAACUUUUGAAUAAGAUUGUAAUUUAAUAUCCCAAACGAACAAACCCAAGAACGGGACUUCGCUGAACUCAAUUACAGAUGUAUAGAGGAGAUACGCAACAAUAAAACACGUUGCCUUUAUUUAUGACAUAUUUUGUCAGUGAUUUAAAAUAAAAUAAAAACAAAAAUAAAAUCAAGA